AUGGUAUAUGCUUUCAAGCAGAAGGUUCCAGUGGUUGACAAAUUUGGCAAGCCUGCUCUCACAGCUGCUGAUGAUUCAAAUCCCUGGUGGGUUCUUUUAGAAAAAGCUGUCCGUGAUUCUGGUGGAAUAGUUAGAAAUCCGGAGUUGCCUAAGAUACAAUUGUUCUUGAGUGAUUUUGGUAUUGUCUGUCAGGGAUUUGUCAUGAAUUUACAACCUUCUGAAGCUGAAGCAGGUAUUGACAUUCGGGUUCCACCUACAGCUGAUCAGAAAUCACUUGAAAGGCGUAUUGCUGAGGAGUGGGCUCCUGCUUCACGCAACAUGACAUUUGAGUUCAAGCAGAAGGUUCCUGUGGUUGACAAAUUUGGCAAGCCUGCUCUCACAGCUGCUGAUGAUUCAAAUCCCUGGUGGAUUCUUUUAGAAAAAGCUGUCCGUGAUUCUGGUGGAAUAGUUCGAAAGCCGGAGGUAAGCUUUGGAACAACGGAUGCUCGUUACUUUAGGCAACAAGGUCUGCCAGCUAUUGGAUUCUCUCCUAUUGCAAAUACUCCGCUCCUUCUACAUGACCACAAUGAGCACCUAAAUCAACGGGAAUAUCUUAAAGGAGUUGACAUAUAUGCUUCUAUAAUCAAAGCUUAUGCUUCUUUUGCAGAGGAGACAGAAGCUAAUGCUUCCAAAGCUGAGUUGUAAAAGAACGAUUAGUAUCUUUGCCCAUUGUUAGAAAACUGUACUUUUCAUCCUCAUCACCCAUGCAACCAAACUGAACUUCUCUCUAACACCAUUGUUUAUAACUUGGUGCAACC